UCAAGUAUUUUAAUAAUACUAUAUUAUCUGCGAGUACCCUGUACACUUGUUAUAUACUUUUAAGAUUCAAACUAGGGCCUACACUACAAGUGCACAUUCAAUACAAGUAAUGUCCUUAUUUUUCACAAGGAAAACUUAUACUGGAACAACAGUGUGGGCUGUGAGAUGAGAACAGAGACACUUUGAGCUUUAACCACUAACCAUCGACCAACUGCUGACUGACGAGAAAACAUCUUUAGCUUGUGAGAGACGAAGACAAACUGAACCACAGUGAUCUGAACUGAAGACAGCGACUGUAACACAUUUCAGUUUCAUUCAGCAACAUGAACGGUGAAAAUCAGACCUUGAUGGAUGAGCACAGUGUUUAUUACAGUGAUUAUCCUAAUAAUUAUACUACUGAUUAUUAUGACAUUGAUGUCCCUAAUGAAACUCAAUGUGAUUCUUCAGAUAUCAGAAUGAGUAUCUUCCUCAUCGCUAGUGUUUGUGUCGGUCUGCCAGCUCUGGUUUGGGCUUUUCCUCUUCUGCACCUUCACAGAAAGAUCAGAGGCCGAAUCUCAGUCUUCAUCCUCCUCCUCCUCCUCAAUGACCUGAUACAAUUGCCUCUUUAUCUAUAUAUAAUGACAAACAUACUGACAGAAUACAGAUACUAUAUCGAUGCGCUUUUCCAGUUUUGGUUUGGAUUACAUUGGUGUGGUUUUCAUCUGCAUCAGCUGGUGGCUCUGGAGGGGAUUUUGACUCUGAAAUAUCCGCUUUGGUCUGCUCGUAUUUUCUCACUGCCCUCUUACAUCUUAAUCUCCAUCCUUGUGCUUUUUUUUUCUAUAGUGAGUGCAUUAUUUCUUUUCAAGCAUUCACAAUCUACAAACAUGUCAUUAUUCAGUCUCAGCACAAGUGUUGUUCCUCUGAUCGUAUUGGCUGUAUCAUCUACAAUCAGCUGUAAAGCCUCUUCCACUCCUGUCAGAAAAAACAGUUCAGUGCUCACUGUUGCUAUUCUUACAUUUGUUUUGAUGUACUCACCUUUCAUGUUGAUCAUCUGGGUGGAUUUCUUUCAUUUAUAUCGAUAUGUCAACCUAUUUUGGUUCAUAAUAUCUUACUGUUUGAUGAAUUUGAGAGUGAUUUCAGAUCCUAUUCUGUGUGUUUUGGUCUGCAGAGAAAAUCUCAGAGAUGUUCAGACGCCACAAACACACACAGAACCCAACGCUGAUGACGUCAGUCUGAACUUGAGUUUCAUUAGUCCUCACGUCUGAAUCUGGCUUCAAAACAAAACAUAAAACGACCAUAAUUAAAAAGAAUUAUAAAAAUAAAAAAUAAUAUAUGAAUUAAAGAUUAAUUUAAAAUGUC